CCUUAAUCCUAAACAAUCUACAGUGAGGAAAAUAAGGAAACAUUAAUUAAAGAAAGGGCUGGCAGUGCAGCAUAUCCAUUUAUGUUACCCAACACAGAAUUUGGUCCAAGCCUCUAUAAAUAGACCGAAUUCUCAAAUACAAAGAAAAGGGAAAGAAGAAAAAGGAAAUGGAUGGACAUGGAGAGGUGAAGUCUAGAGUUGUGAAAGUAGAAUCAGAGGAAUCAUGGAAUUUCUUCAUCACUCAAGCUACCAAUCAAGGCUGCCCUAUUGUGGUGCACUUUACAGCUUCUUGGUGCAUGCCUUCAGUAGCAAUGAAUCCUUUCUUUGAGGAACUAGCUUUGAGCUAUCAAGAUAUUUUGUUUCUCACUGUGGAUUUUGAUGAGGUUAAGGGAGUGGCUAUGAAAAUGGAGGUGAAGGCCAUGCCAACAUUUAUAUUGAUGAGAAAAGGAAGUGUGAGUGAUAGGGUUGUAGGGGCCAAUCCGAUUGAGCUAAAGAAAAGGAUUCAUGGGUUUAUUUUAUCUGCUCGUGCCUGCAAAACUUAAUUAAAUUAGUCUUAAAAAAGUUGUGAUUAAUGUAAAUUGGAGCUUGUUAGUCUCUCAAUAGCCAUAUAGCUUUUGUUUUGGGUUUUAUUUUAUUUUAUUUUGUUUUUUUAGGGUAUGUUUUGGGUUUGAUUUGCUUCUUAGAAGAAUGGAAAUUGUUUCUUGGUUAA